AUGAUUGUACCGUCAACGAGUUUACCAGAGGCCCAAAGAACUUCAAUGAAACUUCCGAGCAAUGUACCGCCUUCGAUAGGCGAGAUGAGUCGACUUCAAGACGAUCCAGGCAUCAGAAACGCUAAAAUCAAGUUAAAUUACAAGAAGUCUUUCCAGGACGACCAUAUUUUCUUCCCAGAGGCUCAAGAGCUCUUAGUGGCAAAUCCCUACCGCUCUUCUAACUUAUUUGUGCCCAACGAACUAGCGGGAUACCAACCACCUAUGAACAAUGCCAUGCCGCUAAAUGAUUCAUAUUCGACAAAACGUUACCAACCAAACCAGCAGCAUCAUAAGGAAAAUUUAUUGUCAUUGUUAGCACUCAAGAAUUUGGAGAAACAGCAGCAGCAACAACAGUAUAAGCAUAAGCCACAAUAUCAAGUUGGUUACCAGCCGCUACAUAGAAAUGGCCAAGUUUACUACCAAGACACACAGCCAAGACCAUACGGCGAACAGCAUGCUGUGAGCCAAAAUCCCUACAAUUACAGUAAUCUUCAAGCACAAGGAUAA